UCUGUGGUCCUGUGGCUUGACCAAGGACUUAACCAUAACCUAUAAUCGCUAUAUAUUCCUGCCCAUACACGCAUGCUGCAUUAGGCUGCGACUGAUUGAAGAUCGGACGGAAGAUGUGUUUUUUCAUUUUAUAUAGCAUCUCUGUUUUUGUUAUAACUUUAGCAGACCUCCAAGGUAAGCCAAAGAUAUCGUCAAAAGGUGCAGAUCUUCACUUCAGAUCCGGAACUGGAGGGAACAUUGUGUUUGAACAUUCUCAAGGGGGAAAGAUUUACUUUGGAACCCAUCAACUGAACUUUACAAGUGCUGCUGGCAGACCGGGGUCGCCUGGGAAAACAGGGGUCAAAGGUGAUAGAGGGCCAAAGGGAGAUAAAGGAGACUCAAGUGGUGGAACAUCUGGUACGAAAGGGGAUAAAGGAGAUCGAGGAUUGGCUGGGUCACCAGGUAGAGAUGGUGAGGAGGGCCGUCCUGGUAGCGAAGGCCGUCCUGGUGCGACUGGACGACCAGGAACAACAGGACCUCCGGGUAAUCCGGGACCUCUGGGUAAUCCAGGACCUCCAGGUAAUCCAGGAACCCCUGGACAUCCAGGACCUCCAGGUAAUCCAGGAACCCCUGGACGUCCAGGAUCAACGGAAGUUCAACCUGACAUUUAUUAUACAGACCUGGAUAAAAAAAGUGAAAACUGUAACAUCUCAAUCGUUGGUGUUCUACGUUAUUCUGCAUCUAAUGGUCUGCAACUCUGCACAAAAGUUGGAUGGCGAAACAUUGCUCUUGACGUCAAUCCACCACAUUGCACAAAGGAUGUAAAUAUACCUGAACGUAAUCAACGAGCAUUUUACGAUGGAAAACCUGGCAUUAUGUUUCAAUUUAACAAUGACAUAGAGCCACUAACGAGUUCUUUGAGUUCUCUAAAAAAUGGCGCUGAUGUCGCUUCAGAAAUCCGACCUCGCAAUUCAAGUGCUGUUUUUGUUAAUGCUGUAAUGCGACAAGCUAUCCAUUUUACUGGAGCGAACUACGUUAAUGUCACAGGUAUUCCAGAAACGUUUUGGCAGAAUAACUGGACUAUCGCGGCACUGGUAAAAAUUGGUGAUAUAUCAAAUCCAAACAGCAUUCAAGGGGAUCAAUAUUAUGAUGUAGCAUUGUUGGGAAUUGGAAUUCAAAGUGACCAAUCACCUCAAAAUGAACUGCAUUUAGGCUUUAGAGGGAAGAAGAAAGCUUCGAAAUUUCAUUUUGAGGUUCUUUUUGAGCAUAAUAACGAUAGUAAUAAACAUGGCCCUGUACACACUAAUACAUGGUUACACAUUAUGUGGUGGUCUCAAAAAAACCUGGAUGGUUCAGAAAACAGGUGCCUACAAAUACAAAACGGCUACCGCCAUUGUGAUAAUAAUGUCCAACGUAAAUAUUCUGGUGGAAGUGGUGCUCUAACUAUUGGUGAUUGGCGAAUAAUUCAUGGAAACAUAUCAAUGGUAAACAAUUUAAUGGUAGAUCAUCUUAUCAUCACUACUGGAAUUAUUGAUUACACCUCAACUGCAUUAGACGAACAGCUUUGUUUUGCAAAACUGGUCGACAAACGUUUACCAUGAAUCAUGCGUGUGUACAAUAAUUUGACAAAACUUUAACUGUGCCAGGGACGCUGAAGAAGGGCAUUCGCCCCCCUUGCCCCUUGAUUUCACUUGUUUUUAUUAACUUUCACUUUAUAAGUGCCCCUCAAAUCUCGUUUUCGCCCCCCUAACAACGCGAUCCCUCCGUCGUCCCUUGUUAAAAUAUUUAUUGAGUAUUGGGUCUAGUUGAAUUGAAAUUUACAAAGGCGAUAACAAUUUCCAAAAAGAACCGUAGCAAACUGUAACGUGACGUCCCUCACUUGAAGAAAUACGUUCCUAUAAGCAAUGAUUUUACGAUUUGUACUUUUGAACUGUAAAGAAAUUAUCAUGGCUAUUCAGGGGUUUUAGUCCAAAAAAUUCAGUCCCAAAAAAACUACAAAAAUUAACUUGGACACUCUUUAGUUUGUAACUUUGUACUAUAUAUGACAACGUCUUGUAAUUGUAUCAUACAAGUUGCCAUUGUUGCCAUUUUUUUAUAAAACAUUACAUACGUCAUUUCAGUUAAAUAAGUAU